AAUUACUUCAAUUAAUUCCAACUCUUCUAAUAUGCUCUUUGUAUCUUGCAUGAGCUUUCGUGUCGAUCAUAUUCAGCUUAUCCUAAAGUUCAUCGUUAGAUUUAGAUGAAAGCAAGAUCGGCGGAUUCCUACCGUGUGUUCACAUUUGAACAGUUUCUGAGCCUUCAGAAAUCACUACAUUAUCUACUGAAAGAUGCUGUCGAUGAGACAGACGAAGCACCGUUUCAAGGACGCGUUCUCGAUGCAUGCAUAGACAGGGCUCUCAGCACGAAUGAAUGUAUAAUAUGUGUGGAACGUAGACCAGAUGUAGUAUUGCCAUGUGUACAUGCUUUCUGUUCGGUAUGUAUUGAACAAUGGAAAGCUAUGGAGAAGGACUGGUGUCCACUCUGUCGUAAUCGUUUACAACUUGAUGGGAGUGACACAUGGGUAAUUCCGGAUGUUAUCGAGGGUGGUGAACUCAGUAAUUAUUUAAUGUCCUUGACGAAAUCUGACGGAAGCAAGAACUGAAAAUAUGAUACGAGCGAAUUCACUCCCUUUACCAAUCGUUAAUGCGUGAUGUGUUUAUGGCGUACCAUUUGCCGUUGUUUCUAGUAGCUGUUGGAUAGAGAAUUAAGGUGCGAAUUUUCCUUACAGAUUUCAGUGUAUUGUAGUAUUGUAUAUGUUUCAGAACAUUGAAAAUUCUCUUUCUUACUCUUUAUUCAGAACAGUGAUGAAGUGUGUAACAGAAAAACUGUCACUAAGAAAUUGACCUGUAUAUUUAUUUGAAAAUAGCAUGUUCGAGAAUUGUGUUGAGUCUAAUAUUAAUCUUGUUUUUGUUCUUAGCAGAUAUGUUCACUAUUUUAUGUGUCACAUUCAUCUUUAAAAUCGGUAGUGAAAUAGUUUAAUGUUAUAUGAACUGAAUGGGUCAUUACUAGUUGGUAUUUGUUCAUUGAAUUCUUAAGUUUCCAUUCAUUUAUGCCAUCGAUUCAUUUAUGCUGUAUAUAACC